AUGGGCCGGAAACGCGCAUUUCUUGAUGAUGGCGAUGACUCUGACUCUGUGUCUGGAUCUGAGGAGGAGUUAGAUGCCCGUCCAGUCGACGAGGAUCCGGAUGAGCGGGAUGAACGACAACUAUUUGAGAAUCCAUACGGACGGAAACGACAGCGCAGAGGGAAGGAUGAUGCUAUCUAUGGCGUAUUUGGAGAUGAUAGCGAGGAGGAAGGGUUUGGGAAGAAGAAGGAGCGGCGACCACCUGCCAAACGCAGUGACUGGGCGAAAGCCCCAACGUUUGUGUCAAAACAGGCGGAGCCGGAUGGCAAAGAAGCGGGAGAAGAGGAUGAGGAAAUGGCGGACGCGGCUGAUUCGAGCGACGACGCGUCGCGGCCAGCUUCGCCGCGAGUGCGAGAAGCGUCAGAGGACGCGGAAGAGGAGGACGAACGGCCACGGUUUGGAGGUCUAGGGCUUGGAGCCUCGAGGAAGAACCCGCCGACUUCAUUCUCUGGUUUCACGCGCUCUGGAAUAGGCGCAUCCCGACCGGCUGCUGUGUCUGCUACAGCUUCUGCCGUCGCUUCUGCAGCACCGUCUCCGCCUUCUUCGGCUUCACCCGCGCCGCCUGCUAUUGACGAUGAGAUGCCCGAAAGUCUUCCAUCUGCAUUCGGCGCUGCUUCCCGUGCUCAACGGUCUUUCGUUCGCUCAGAAGCCGAAUCUUCCACGCCACGCGGUCCCGCGGUACUUGCUGCUCAUGAACGGGUUCAUUUCAGCAAACUCAAGGGGAGCUUUGGUUCUCGCAUGCUCGAGAAGAUGGGCUGGCAAGCAGGCAUGGGUCUGGGUAGUACCGGCGAGGGCAUCGUGACGCCCAUAGAAUCCAAACUGCGUCCGAAGGGAGCGGGUAUCGCCUUUCAGGGUUUCAAGGAGAAGACCGAACAAUCGAAGGCGGAGGCCAGACGCAAAGGCAUCGUCGAUAGUGAUGAUGAGAAGGAGGAAGGGAAAAAGAAGGCCGGUAGAGGGAAGGGUCAGCCGAAACGCGCCGACGCCUGGCAGAAGCCCAAGAAGGUCCGAACGCGGGUUGAGCACAAGACGUACGAGCAGAUUGUCGCGGAUGCAGGUCAAGAUGCAGCAGUCCCUUCAGGUGUCGGGAUCAUUAUUGACGCGACUGGUGCCACCCCUCGCGAAGUCGCCUCAUUGGCGGACGUAUCUAAUGCUAGCUGGACGCCCACAAGCGACUCAACGCGGAUACCGGAGGUUCGUCAUAAUCUUCGUCUCAUCACUGAGGCUGCAACCGCCGAUCUGCAAGGCCUCGCUCGCGAAGGUGCCGAAAUUCAGAAACGGCGCAAGACGAUACAAUCCGAGGAUAUGCGCCUGCGCAAGAGGGUCUCCGAUGAAGCGGAUCUCAUCGCGCGCAUGCAGAAGGUCCAUCUCGUUUGUGAUGACAUUCAGUCCACAUCAAAGAGUCUGGCUUCCUCGUAUGAGGCCACCUUAGACCCACUAUCGCCAUACAUCAGCCAGCUGGUCACGACGUAUCCUCACGAGUACGAUCGAUAUCGUCUGGAUGAGGUAGUCGUCGCUGCCAUCGCACCAAUCGUACGACGAAGUCUGCAAAGUUGGCAGCCGCUCGAAGAGCCAACCCUGUUGCUCGAUACCUUCCGGCUGUGGCGGCGGGCGCUCAAGAUAACAGAAGCGCAGGCGCCACCACGGCCCGAGACACAGGUCAGCAUGUAUGGCGCGACUGUCGUCUCUAUUGCAGCACCGGCGGUCGAAGUACCGAUGACCCCGUUCGAGAGCCUAUUAUGGAAUCUGUGGCUUCCACGAGUGCGCUCUGCCAUCAAUAACGACUGGGACGCACGAAAACCACACGCCGCCGUGCGUCUCUACGAAUCGUGGUCGACUUUCCUCCCCCCUUUCAUCCGCGACAACUUCCUCGACCAACUCAUCCUCCCGAAGGUGGCGAAGGCUGUCGCAGAAUGGAGCGCACGACGGGAUACCGUAUCUCUCAGGGCAGUUGUUUUCCCAUGGCUCCCUCAUGUCGGUUUGCGUAUGGAGGACUACCUCGGCGACGCCCGGCGCAAGCUCAAGUCUGUAUUGCGCGGCUGGCAAGCCACCGACUCCCUUCCGGCCGAUCUCUCGGCUUGGCACGAAGUCUUCAACACUAGCGACUGGGACGCUAUGGUACUCAAAUACGUCGUACCCAAGCUCGGAGCCCACAUGCGAGAAGACUUCCGCGUCAAUCCCCGCGAGCAAGACAUGGGCCCGCUCGAGCGCACUCUUGCGUGGGCGCCGCUCUUACGCGGUAGCAUCGUCGGCUCCUUACUCGAAGCGGAGUUCUUCCCGAAGUGGCUCGACACGCUAUACAUCUGGCUUGUCCAACCACGCGCCAGCUUCGAGGAAGUCGCCCAGUGGCUCGCGUUCUGGCGCGGUGUAUUCCCCGAGGACGUACAGAGCCUUUCAGCGGUACAAGCCGGGUUUACGCGAGGGUUGGAUAUGGUCAACAAGGCGAUUGAUCUGGGUCCCCGCGCGCCGACACAGCUUCCACGGCCUCAACAUCGUCGUGAAGGAAGCCCGGCGCCUACACCAGCGCCCGCGGCCGCAUCACGCCGUGUGCCGGCGCGCACACAUGAGAUCACCUUCCGUUCCAUCGUCGAGGAGUUCGCCGCCGAGCACAACCUCAUGCUCGUUCCGACGCAGCGCGUGCACGAGAAGUCGCGUAUGCCGUUAUUCCGCGUCUCGCCCACCGCCGACGGGAAGGGCGGGGUGCCGGUUUACAUUCUCGACGAUGCCGUUUAUGCGCCUGAUGCCGAAGGCGACUAUCGCGCUAUCAGUUUGGAGAAUAUGGUCCUUCGUGCGACGAAGGCGGGAUAG